UUAUUAACUAGAACUGGUGUAAAUCUUGCUGACGGUAAACUUCAUCAUGUGUGCGUCACGUGGAAAUCGUCCAGUGGCAUUUUCGCAGUCUACAAGAAUGGUCAAUUUGAGAAAAGUUUACAAAAUAUCAACAAAGAUGAAGAAAUUGAGGCUAACGGUACUUGGGUUAUUGGACAAGAUCAAGACACUGGAUCAACUUUUGCAUUCCAAAAAGAAGAUUCAUUUAAAGGCGAUUUAACAGAAAUGAACGUCUGGGACAGAGUCUUGACCGAUUACGAGAUUCAACGUGUUGCAAAAGAUUGUGGCACGCUUAUUCAAGGCAACGUUAUAAAGUACAGCGACUUCAAAAUGUCCGAGGAGACCAAAUUCAUCGAGCGUCUUUCUUGCUGCCCUGCUUCUUAAUGACGUUUAAUCAGCCUGUUGUUGAACCUGUA